GGUCACGCAUGGCGGCGGCGGCGGCGGCGGGGGCGCACAGCCUGGGCCUGGCCAACGAGCGGCUGCGGCUGCUGGAGGAGCUGGAGCGCGAGAUCGGGGCGGCGCUGCAGUGCGCGGGGACGGUGAUCCUGGAGCUGUCCAAGGAGAAGCCCAACGAGCGGCUGCUGGACCGCCAGGCCGCCCAGUUCGCCGCCUCCGUGCAGAAGGUGGAGGCCGAGCUCUCCGCCCAGAUCCGCUACCUCACCCAGGUGGCCACCGGGCAGCCCCACGAGGGCUCCAGCUACUCGGCCCGCAAGGACUGCCAGAUGGCCCUCAACCGCGUCGACUACGCGCGCCUCAAGCUGGGGGAGCUGUGCCGGGCCUGCGAGCAGAGCCCCCAGCCCUAG